CCCGCCUUAUCUGCUGCUUUUGACUGUCAACACGGUGGAAGAAGAGCACUUGUCGUGUACCCCUCUCAGUGCCUGCUCACCAUGUAUAAAGCUAUAUCGAGUCUAAGCGGACGCUGUGCUGCUUUAACACGAGGGUCCUGCUCAAGGCCCUGUUUGGCCUAUUUCCACCGGGCAAGUGGCGCAUUAUGUCAGAAAUCAGCCUUCAAACCCCCCUCUACAGACGUGCCAGAGAUGCCCCCGUGCAAUUUCAGUCCAGAAAAAUACACGGGUAUGUCCAAAGACCGUAUGAUAGAGAUCCGCAGACAGAACUGCAACCCCAUGACCAUGAAGGUUACUUAUUAUAAGAAGCCAGUGUUCAUCCACCAGGGGUACAUGCAGUGGCUGUGGGAUGUGGACGGGAGACGAUAUCUGGAUCUGUUUGCUGGUGUGGCGACUGUCAGUGUGGGCCACUGCCACCCGAAAGUAACAGCAGCUGCAGAGCAGCAGCUGAAGAAACUGUGGCAUACAACUAACAUCUAUGUUUAUCCAACGCUUCAUGAGUAUUGUGAAAAACUAGCCUCCCACUUCCCAGAUCCGCUAAAGGUGAUAUAUCUGACAAACAGCGGCUCGGAAUCCAAUGACCUGGCAAUUUUGAUGGCUCGUCUCCACACAGGCAACAACGAUAUAAUUACUUUAAGAGGGUCAUAUCAUGGUGGCAGUCCACAGACCAUUGGCCUCACUUCCAAUGCAGCAUAUAAAUACCCUGUUGCCAGUGGUUUUGACUCCACAAAUACCAUGUGUCCCGAUGUGUUCAGAGGGCCUUGGGGAGGAAGCCACUGCAGAGACUCCCCCGUUCAGACCAUCAGAGAGUGCACUUGUGCCCAAGGUCACUGCAUGGCAAAUGAACAGUACAUUGCACAACUCAAAGAGACAUUUGCUACAAGUGUCCCAAACAGAAUAGCUGCUUUCUUUGGAGAGCCGAUUCAGGGAGUGGGAGGAGCUGUGCAGUAUCCUAAAAACUACCUUAAGGACGCUUACAAACUUGUUAGAGAGCGAGGAGGAAUCUGCGUUGCUGACGAGGUCCAGACUGGAUUUGGACGAACAGGAAGCCACUUUUGGGGUUUCCAAGGCCACGAUGUUAUUCCUGAUAUGGUUACAAUGGCAAAGGGCAUUGGCAAUGGAUUCCCAAUGGGAGCUGUUGUUACCACACCAGAAAUUGCUGCUUCCUUUGUGAAAGCCUCCCACUUCAACACAUUCGGAGGAAAUCCCUUGGCGUGUGCCGUUGCUUCAUCAGUUCUCGAUACUAUCAGAGAGGAUAGCACACAGCACAACAGUCUUCAUGUGGGCACCUAUCUGAUGACGCAAAUGGCUGAACUCAGAGACAAAUAUGAGAUUAUCGGUGAUGUCUGUGGAAAAGGCCUCCAGAUCGGCGUGGAAAUGGUUAAAGACAAGGGCAGCAGAGAGCCGCUGCCUCCUGAAGCAAUGAGUGAGAUCCUUGAGGACAUCAAGGACAUGGGAGUCCUGAUAGGCAAAGGAGGAGUGUACGGACAGACCUUCCGCAUACAACCCCCCAUGUGCAUCACGAGGGAGGAUGUAGAUUUCUUCCUGGCGGUGUUUAAUAAAGCAAUCUCGGGCUACACGGACAGAAAAUGA